UGCCGCCGCGGCUCUGGGGUCACCUUAGUGUUAGUCUUGCUCGCUGCCGAACAACGAGACAUACACCGCGUAAUCAUGAGGAAGCGAGGGGUAGACCUGCCUAUGGCAAGCGGAGGAAGAUCUCCGACCCCGCCACGGCGUCAGUUGAACAUGCCGGAUGCCACUCCAGCAAAUGUUUUCUCCUUCACAUGGGUGUUGUGCGGCUUUGCUUUGAUCUGCAUCGGGUACGGCCAUUGCUCUCGGCACUCGGAGCAAUCACGACUGUACUGCGCAGAGGAUGUGUGCCGGUUCUCCAGAGACUCGAUGGAAAACCGAAGUCGUAAGGAGUUCCAAUUUCUGCGAGAGAGCCUAGUGAAGGCGGAGGUUGCCCACCUGGACAAGAAUGGGGAGCUAGUGAGGGGGAAACGGGCGAGUCGGCGGCAAAAGAGGGGGAUGGCCCAGACGUACACCGUCACCUGGAAGGACGCGGAGACGCAGGACGAGACCACACUCCCCAUCGCUAGCUACGGCCUCGGUCGAAAGGUGCCGCGGGCAAAGGUUGCCCGAAUCAUGCAGUACGUGCAGCGGCAGAUCGACGACCUCGACGUGAAGGAGGGGCGCUGGUUCACUGGCAUAGGCAUCGUGUGUUUCGUUUUCGGGGGUGUUCUGAUCCUGCUUAGGGUGGUUGUGGGGUCCAUCUUUCCCCAACCCCCGUCAAGGCGAGACUUAUCUCGGAGACAGCUGUUCAAAUAGGAGGCGGCAAGGUCUUCGGGAUGUUCGAGGCAUGGUGAUCUGUUUCUUCUAUACGCGGCGCAGGCAAGAUGUUACGGUAUUUGCUUGCUGCCGGUGGUGGCUAUCUGUCGUGUGGAUUCGUCGUUGAGGAGGCAUCCUUUUAGUUGAGAGGCACCACCGAUAACUUUUUUGAAACUGUGUGGGGAUGACUAAUUUGACAUGUGCGUGUGGGAUUGUACGUGUGGUUGUUGGUUAUGCGUAUAGUAGGCAUUUGGGUAUGGGGGGGGGGGUCCUUCCCGCUUGGUGGUCUUGCUUUCAACUGAUUUAGCAUGGCUGGGAAAUAAUGUUCGGUCUGUGGUUUCGACAACCGGGAUUGACUGCACAAAGUCCUGGUGAAGUCCGCUAGUUGGCCAGGACCAGUUUACACUAUUGAGGGGAUGACCCUUUCCCCUUUUGCAGAUGGUCGUGGUUUCUCUACUGGCGUUUUCUAGGAGAAUCUUUGUUGAACCUCUCAAUCAGACAGAUGGUGUCUGUUAUUUUGCUUCGAGGGUGGCCGCAUGAGGUGCGCUCAUAAAUGGAGCGAGACGCCUGGGCCACUUGUAACAAUAUGAAGCCUAGGGUAACGUGGUGAUGCCUGAAAAGGCUCAUCGGCAUAUGACAUGUAUGAGGUCGCUUCUGGUUGGUGAGAAUGUUGAUGUUUGUGGGUAUGAUAUGAGCUAUUCUGGGCAGCGCCAAAGGGCGGACGCCACUGCCGUCUGUUUGUGUUUUGGUUUUAUUGGUGUUGUGUUUUACUACGCAUCGUGGGGCUUUUUUGUCAUUGACCGUUGCCCCGGCGCGAUGUUCUCGCCGCAACGAGGUUUAUUUGACAGUGAGUGGUGGAAUAGUGGUGGUCGUGGCUACCCAUUGAUUUACGGCCGUGUAGCCCUCGAGUCGUGGUAGUUGCCCCAUGAAUCGUAUCUGUAAUUGUAUGCGGUAACAUGUACGGUUGUCCAUCUAACGCGCCUAGUAUAUGUAAUGAAUGGAGGCACUUUUUUUGGAGGGCCAUCAACACGGUGAACCACUCUUAACCAAACCCAAACCCCCUGGGAGACC